CGCGUAUCGCGCUUCAGUGUAACACCGUAGUCUCGAAGCGCUUCGGUUGUGGUGUUGCCGCGCGAGAGACCAUUUUAGGAGCCCGGAAUCGGUUUACAGGAAUAACCUCGGAAUAGUUGAGGUGGCUUUUAAUUGAAUUGUUUUUUGUGGUGCAGUGCGAUAACGCUCUGGGAAAGUGCGCUAGGCGCUAGCUAGCUUUUCUGACUGCUGCUGCUGGUCCCGAGCGUCCCGCUCCCUUCGCGACGCCGGCUUUUACCUGAGGGACCGAGCGACCCUCAAGCCCCCAUGGAGCACUGCGCCGGAGACGUGAACGCGAACCUUCUCAGUCAUGGAAGCGGAGACCCGGCGGUGGACGGCGCCGCGCGCCACUGGCUCACCUGGGACCAGAAUCAUCGGACCCGUGCCCAGAUCGAAUCUCUGUUGCAUGAUGGGAAUGUGAUAGAGUUGCAGCGCAGGCUCUGUUCACGAAUGUCCUUUGGGACAGCAGGGCUGAGGGCAGCCAUGGGUGCGGGCUUUGCACUUAUAAACGAUUUGACCAUCAUCCAGUCGACACAGGGCUUGUACAAAUAUCUGAGCAUUUAUUUCCCUGACUUGGGAAAAAGAGGCAUUGUAGUUGGCUAUGACACGCGAGGACAAGAGGCCAGUGGCUGCACCAGUGAGCGACUUGCAAAGUUAACUGCUGCAGUUAUGCUCUCUAAAGAUAUCCCUGUAUAUCUUUUUUCCACGUAUGUGCCCACCCCAUUUGUGCCGUAUGCUGUGAAAAAUCUGGGAGCAGCUGCUGGGGUGAUGCUCACUGCCUCCCACAACCCCAAGGAGGACAAUGGAUACAAGGUCUACUGGGUGAAUGGAGCCCAGAUAUCAGCCCCUCAUGACAAGGAGAUCCUCAAGUGCAUAGAAGAGAGCUUGGAGCCCUGGCCUGAGUCCUGGAAUGAGAACCUGUGCAGCAGUAGCCCUUUGCGGAGUGACCCUCUGGUCUGCAUCUCUAAGUGUUACAUGGAGGAACUGACAUCUGUCUGCUUUCACAGAGAACUCAAUGCAAAAACACCACUGAAGUUUGUCCACUCCGCUUUCCAUGGAGUCGGGCACAACUACGUCCAACAGGCCUUUGCAGUGUUCAACUUGCCUCCUCCCAUCCCAGUACCAGAACAGAAGGAUCCUGAUUCAGAGUUCUCCACAGUCAGCUGCCCAAAUCCAGAGGAAGGAGAGUCUGUCUUAGAGCUCUCUCUUCGCUUGGCUGGGAAGGAGGGUGCUACAAUAGUGCUGGCCACAGACCCAGAUGCAGAUCGCUUGGCUGUUGCUGAAAAGUGUGACAAUCGGUGGAAGGUGUUCACAGGAAACGAGAUGGCUGCUUUGCUGGGCUGGUGGAUGCUGCUCAACUGGAAGGAUAGACACCCUGAGAUGGUCGACAUGGAGAGUGUGUGCAUGCUGGCUACCACGGUGUCCUCCAAAAUCCUUAAGGCCUUUGCACAAAUAGAAGGUUUCCAUUUUGAGGAGACAUUACCAGGCUUCAAAUGGAUCGGAAAUAAAAUCCAUGAGUUGGAAAAGAAGGGGAAAGUAGUCCUUUUUGCCUUUGAGGAAUCCAUAGGAUUUAUGUGUGGCAGCAUGGUUCCGGAUAAAGAUGGCGUCAGCGCUGCAGCUGUUGUGGCUGAGAUGGCUGCCUAUCUCAAUACAAAGAACCUCACCUUGAACCGGCAGCUGGAAAAUAUAUAUGAAAUAUAUGGUCCUCACAUUUCAAGAACAUCUUAUGUAAUUUGCCACGAUCCUCCCACCAUCAAAAGAAUAUUCUCCCGUCUUCGUAACUGGAAUGGCAAGGACGAGUAUCCAGAUUCAUGUGGCGUCUACAGAAUCACACACAUCAGGGACGUGACUACAGGAUACGACAGCAGUCAGCCUGAUCAUAAAUGUGUGCUGCCAUUGACGAAGAACAGCCAGAUGGUCACCUUCACCUUCCACAGUGGGAUUGUAGCCACACUAAGGACAAGUGGAACGGAGCCCAAAAUCAAAUACUACACUGAGUUUUGUGCGCUGCCUGGGAAAAGGGAUGUCUCCAGUCUGGAGGAGGAGCUUCAAAAGGUAACUACAGCUCUGGUUGAAGAGUUUCUUGAGCCGGACAAGAACAACCUUAUACGAAGAUCUGUCUGAGCUUCCCUCUCUCUCAGCCUAUUUGAAACACCCUCUUUUAUUUCAUUGGAUUAUUUAUACUCCAUGUUCUUAAGUCAGAAGUUCCCUGUCAAGGUUUUCCAUUUAUCAUUUGCAUCUGAAGUUACUUUUGAGUUGCAAAAAGCACUCAAGUGAGAGUUGUACUGCAAGUGUAAGAUCUUUGUUUGUUUCUGGGGAUUAUUCAUUUUACAGGGAGUGUUUUGUGAUUCAGCAUUAUUCAGGUAUAGUAGCUCACCACACUGUUUUCAGUUCCAACUCUGUACUUGACAAGAUUCUAAUUCGGUGUGAACUUAGCUUUUCCAGUGAAAUGUUGCCGCACAUCAACUCUUACUUUAUUGUGAUGUCACUAACAGCUUGAUAUAUUUAUGUGUGGAGGUCUGCUGAAACUCAUCAUUAGAGUGAAUAUAUAUUCCUAUUAUAAGUGUGGCUCAGUCUUCUCCAAAGGCUCAUGUGUUGCAGUUUGAUUUGCUUUGUAGCGCAACCUUGCGGAGCAGUCGGCUGCGUCGUCCGGUCAGUCUUGAGUCUUGAUGCUGAAUGUAUUGUCAUUGUUUUUGUGUGUGACUGUUGAUGUUCCUUUUUGUUUUUGUGUGCAAUACUGCAGAAAGUGGGCUAAACUACGCACAGCCAUGUUGCUGAUGAAAAUUAACUUCAGCAAUGGCCAAACUUAAAUGCACUUUUGCUGAACUCCAAAACAAGUUUUUUUACUGGAGGUGCUCCAGUAUUUUUUUUCAUGCUUUAUAGUUUAUUCUUGAAUAUUAAAGUUCUUCAUGUUUUCAUGCCCUCAGAGUGACAUGCAGCUAGCUUGUAACUUAAGCAGUCAGUACAUGUGAUGUCGAAUCAUUUGUUUGUGUUAAGUUUGCUUAGUUCUUUUUCUCAUUUUAGAUUUGAGUUCAGAAACUUGCCUGUGAAUGAUAAAGUAUAGAUGAGAAAAACUAAGAGCCUCAACAUUAUUAGUCCUUAACCUCUUACAGAAAUGAGUUCCACAAAGCCGAGAAAGGUUCCUAGCUAAUACAACUAGAUAAUGAUUAUUAAAAGCGCAUCUUGCUCCUCUGCUUAGGUUAUUUAAUGUAUUGUGCAAUAAUCCUGAUAUUGUAUGUUGUGAUGUGAAUAGAGAAAGGUUGGAUUCACAAGGACUGUAACAGUCAGUCUGAUAUUUAUGCGAAUACAAAUCACCUCUUUGAUCUGAAAAGGUAGAAUCAUACUGACAAUCACAAUGACCGGGCCCUUCAGAGUGUGAAAAAUGUCAUCACUGUGAUAGAAUAGUUUAAACUAUUUUUCUAUUAAACCCCUGGGGGGGAACCUUCGCUUUAAAAUAUGUAAAUAUUUGCCAUUGUGGUCUCACUUAUCGCUGAGUUCUUGGGAGACUGAAUAGGUUGUUAAACUGUACGAGGCUGAUGUUGAGCUGUGAGGGUUUUUUUUUGAGAGACAAAGUAUGGCAAGUUUGUAAAGGACUGCCUGGCCACCACUAAGUUAAAUUCCUUGCCUUUAAAGAUUAACACAUUUUUUUUCAAAAUAGUACAUAAAGUAAUUGUUCACAUGUUGUGGAAGUUGUAAUUUUAGUUUUUUUCAAAUGUGAAUUUCUACAUAAUUUGUAGAUACUACAAAAGUAUUUUUCCUAUACCCUUCCACAGUUGUUGGAUUGUUUUGCUGUUGCCAAACAACUAUGCAAAGGAAUAUUUUGCACAGAAUUAGAAUUCAGUGGAGCAGAUAUUUGAAGUCUUUAAAAAAAAAAAAAAAGAAUCAUUGUGCAAUUCCAUCUACAUUUAAGCCUAAACAAUUUGAAUUUGAAAUGCUUAUGUAUUUCUUCAGAAGAUCCCCCCCACACAUAGAUGAUGAACAGUGUUGUUGAUGUGGUAGUUUCAACAAGUGAAGUUUCAUCAUACCUGUUAGCAACUAAAGUACCCUUCAGUUACUAAAAAAAAGCAGGUUGGUCUUAUUUUAAGAUGUACAUUGAAACGGAGGGUUAAAUACCGAUUUAUUUAAAAUAGACAUGCUGCACUCAGCUGGGAUGAGUGUGUAUCCGCACAAGAAUGAAUCUUUGAGGGGGAAUUUUUCUCUAAGUAGCAGCUAUUGUACCUCAUUAUAAUAACCAAACUACAUGUAUCAGCAGCUUAACUAUAUUUCCUCAUUGCUGCUUGUGUUUCUAGACACAGGGAAAGGCUAUGCUGUGCAAGUCAGUGAUUCUUUUUUUCCCAGAAUACUUUGUAUUUGUGUAUUGAUUGUGUGUCCUUUGUAAAAUGUCUUAUUUUGGCUUUUUGUUUGACUUUUAUUUAUGAGUGCGUGGAAUUAGAAAGUCUUUAGAUAUAUUUUUGCAUUUUGAACUGUUACUGUUUCAAACUUGUUAUUGGCUGUAUUCUCAUUAGUAAUCCUUGUCUUUGCUGUGUAAGAUUGUUGCGCAUUGUAUUUCAUCUACAUUGUUUUGAUCAACACUGAUGGUCUUUCCUGUUUUGUAUUUAUAAUGUGUACAUGUAUGAAUUAGUUACAACUUCAGCUAGACCAGCUGCUUUGUCCAUUUGACUUAGCCAACGUACAAGUACAACUAAGCCUUUAGUUAUGUAAUGAAUUACUGUAGUAAUAGUUUUUGCUGCCUUUU